GAGGCCCCCGCCACCCGGGAACCAAUCGCCCGGGCUCAGUCCUGCCGAGAGGCCUGCCGGCCGCGCCAUGGCCGCAGGGAGAGCCCGGGGCGCGGCGGCGGGGGUGCUGUGCGCGAUCUGCCUGGUGCUCCAGUUCGGCUCCAUCAGCUCUAAUCCCCGGCCAGUGUUUGGAGCUGUGAAUGGGAACGUAACUUUCCAUGCAUCAAGCUCUAUAUAUUUCCCAGAGAUCCUGUGGAAAAAAAAUAUGGAUAAAGUCAUUGAAUGGGAAGAAUACCAUGGCAGCAGAGCUUUCCCACCUUUUAUAGGUAGAGUUCACCUGAACACCAUGUCAGGUGACCUUACCAUCUUCAAUCUAACAUCAUCAGAUGAAGAUGAGUAUGAAGUUGAGUUUUUAGGCACUGCAGAUGACAUGAAGUUCACUCUGCUUGUACUUGAUCCUCUUCCAAUUCCAACACUAAAUUGCACGUCAACUCUUGAAGAUAUUAUAGUCCACUGCAAGAUCCCAGAAUCUUAUAAGAGACAUACAAACUAUACGGAGUACUCAUGGAGUUGCUUUUCAGCACACUGUAUAAAUACUUCCGAUCCAUCUGAAGUGCUUAUUAAGAAGAACAAUGAUCUCUCACAGAAAAUACAAUGUACUAUUAGCAAUCCAUUAUCCAAACAGAUAUCUUCGCUCGUUUUAGCAACUUGUGUCCCACCUGGGAAUUCAAGGAACAGAUGGGUUAUACUAGGAGUAUUCAUAUUUGUAAUAAUAGUUACAGUUCUGCUUAUAAAAGUUUAUCUGAAAUGUGGCAGAGAAACAGUCACAGCCAGCUCCAGCUGACCGGUACUACAAGAUGAAAUGUAUAGUUACUAAGUUAUUUAAAUAACGGAAUGGAAAGCCAUCUGAUUAACCAUUCAAGUAUUACAUCAUCUUCAAGGGAAUUUUGGAAGUUUAAUCUGAAGUGGCCCCUCAUCAGAAUAUUCUGUUUUGGAAGCAAUAUCACCCAACAGCCAGCAUCAGUAUCUAUUCUAUGCCUCUUACAGUCUAUGACUAGAUACUAUAAGUGACUUUUAUCUUGAAAUUUUUUACUACAAAUUUUAUAUUGCAUAUAAAGUUGUAAAUAUAUGUAACUUGGUGUAAAUAUGUACAUAAGCAGUAGGUAGUUUGGCAUUUUCUUUUCCUCUUAGUCAGAAAAAUAUGAUCACAUACCUCAGAAGGUAAAGGCUUUUUCCUAAAAUCUGUCUUCCACUUCCCUUUUGUUUUAGAGGGAAAAGGUUCAUUGCGGAAUUGGCAGUGGAGUGAGAGAAGAGAUGGGCAAGAUACUUGCCAUGUGCUGGGUCCGUGGCUUUUGACUGAAGGCAAGAACACAUGGGUCUCUGGUUUAUUUUGCUGAGACCAGGCCACCACCAUCUAAACAUGAGGAGGCUUGUCUCAUUAAGAUCUCCUAACUCACUCAGUAUCUGGUGUUAGUGGUCACAUGGGCAGGGAGACAGCAGAGAACUCUUAAAAACUGUGAAAUCCCAUAUAAAUGCAGAACAGCAGACUCUUGAAUGAGGAAGUGGAUGACCCUGGCUGGCCCUCGGGUAGCCGUCGUAUAUGCCAACAUGCUAGGCCUUGAGCUCCUGAACUCACACCACCCCUGGAACUCCUGUCACAUAAGAGUCUUCUGCCUAAAAGAGGAAACAUUGCUUUUUUACACUAAGGCAAAGUGCAUUGAAAGGAGCCCCAUGGAACAGCUCUAUCUGGGUCCCCCACAACUUUCAGCAAGAAUGAGGUGGGGACCUGGGAGCCCUGAGUACUCCUAGGAGGACCCCUACUUCUCCAUAGUCCUCCUACCUCUGGCCAGCAAAGCUUCCAAUCAAAGUUUGUAUUGGGCUGAUCCUGUGAAACCCUUCAUUCCAGGCCCUGUGGGGACUCCCAGCACAUCCUUUACCUUCCAGUAUAUAGGCUUCAUCGCUAUAUGCUCUGAAAGGCCCUUUUCAGCCCCUCCAGCAACAGCAAAAUUCCUUGUGUUCUCUGCUAUGCAUGUUCCCUUCACCUUUCUGUACUCACUGAAACCUGACCUCCCCAAGGGUGCUGCUUCCUGAGGCCCUGUCUAGGGCCCGCAGCUUUCUCUCCUGUACCCCUGGGACACUGGGCAAGAGUGCGGGCCAGUGUCCUGCUGGCUUCUGCCUGCUUUGAGCCCAUGCCUCCAUCCUUAUUUCCAAUGGGCAAACCAACCGAUCACCAGCAUCAGAUGUCCCCCUUUUCUCGAUCUUUUUAUUACUCCUUAGCCUGUGGAGAUUUUAGCACUAGGUCCAGAACACUCUUUCCUAACACUCCAGCCUUCAGAAACUGAGUGUGCUUUCAGAACCUCCAAACCAGGGCCUGGGCAUGGCCUGCCCCAAGCACCUUGUCCUCCUCCCUUCCCAGCAGCCACCGCCCUGGUCUUGCCCCUGACCUUCCACCACCAAUGCCUGCAGCCCCUCACAGUCUCCAUUACAAGCAUCCCGCUCCACUCUGUCUUGUGUGUCUCUUUGUGAGGACCCCACUCCACAGACCCUGCAGCCCCACCAGGUCCUGCAAGCCAGUGACCCCACUGCCUCUCACCAGCCCACAGACACUGGGACUUCUCAUUUCCUGAACCAAGCGGGGUCUCCCUGUUCAUCAUGAGAGGGACUCUGCUACCUUCACUCUUUCACCCUCCUGCUUGUCCUCACUUGGCCAGAUCCCAACCGUGUGUGGAGUCACCUCUGCUGGUUGCCUCCUCAUACCUGAGCUGCUGCACAGGCAGGACAGCACAGGGCUGAGGAGUGUCAUCUUAGGGACCACAGACCCCCGAGGGGUUCCCAGUGGCUCCCAGAUGGCGUUAUUGCAUCACCCUGGCCCGCUCACUGUCUCCUCAUCUCCCUUCCUAGACUUGCAGCCCUGGGUCCUCGUGCUUGGCUACUCACCUCGCCUCCUCUGUCACCGAAAACAAAAGCAUCUAGAAGAACCUCCCACCCCAUGUCCACACACCCAGCAGCAUUGCCAACCAUGUUCUUUGCCUCCCCUCUCGUGACUGACCAUGAACCUUCCAUGUUCCUCCCAAAACCAGUGUCUCCCCUUGUCUUAGUCUGCUGGGGCCUCCGUGACAAACUACCAUAGAUGGGGUGACCUAAAAGGCAGUAACUUCUUUUCUCACAGUCCUAGGGGCUGGAAAGUCCAAGAUCAAGGUGCUGGCUGCUUCAGCUCCUGGUGAGGGCUCUCUUCCCAGCUUGCAGGUGGUUGCCUUCUCACCAUGUCCUCACAGCUGGGAGAAGAGUCCUGGUGUCUCCUCUUCUUCUCAGGGCAGCAGCUCUAUCAGAGCAGGUUUCUACCUCUAUGACCUCAUUGAACCUCUGUCACCUCCUCCCAGGUCCUUUCUCCAAAUAGAGUCACACUGGGGUUAGGGUCUCAACAUGUGAGUCUUAGGACAAAAUUUCUGCCUAUAACACUGCUUAUGCGCAGGAUCCCACCUGCCCUCAUCUACUUCAGGACAUCACCUUCCUUGUCCACCUCUCUCCUGCAUCAUCAGCAUUGACCUUUCUGCUACCUCAUACAAACAUACUGUCAUUUCUCAUAUCUUCAAAAAACCAAAAUCUUCUUGAAUCACUUCCCUGCCUAGCUCUUGUCUCAGUUUUCUACUGUCUUUAACGGAAAAGUUUCUCAAAAGAAAUGAUCUGUACUUUUUUUUUUCUUAGUCCUCUCUUAUUCCUUCUUGAACCUGCCUCCAUCAGGCUGUCUCUCUCUCUCUCUCUCUCUCUCUCACACACACACACACACACACACACCCCACUGCUUGCAAGAUUACCAGUGAUACUACACACACACACACACAACACACACACACACACACUGUGGUAUCUGGUGGAUAGUUCUCUAGCCUCUUCUUGCCCUGCUUGUAAGCAGCAUCUGACUCAGUGGAGCACCUACUACAUACUGAGCACUUUGUAGGCACUAGGUUCUAUGGGGUAUGUGGGAGGCAAACAGAUUUAUGGAUGCUUCUGUUGAGUGCACUCAGUCCUAAAAUGGAAAUAUAUACAAAGAACUAAGGAUUAUAACCAUAUGACCCAACUAUUUUACUCCUUGCUAUGUACUCAAGAGAAAUAAAAACAUUCCACACAAAAACUUGCAUGUGAAUGUUCACAGUCAUGAUUCACAAUAGCCCAAUACUGGAAAAAAUCCAUAUGUCCAUCGACUGAUGAAAAGAUAAAUGUUGCAUAUCCAUACGAUGGGAUAGUAGUCAGUAUAAAAAGUAUUGACGGUCUGAGGGUGACUGGGUGGCUCAAUUGGUUAAGUGUCUGACUCUUGAUUUCAGCUCAGGUCUUGAACUCAGGUGGUAAGUUCAAACACCACGUUGGGCUCCCUGCUGGGUAUGGAGCCUACUUUAAAAAAAAAAAAAGUAAUGAGGUCUGGUAUGUGCUAUAACAUGGGUGAGUCUUGGAAACAUGCUCAGUGAAAGAGGCCAAUCCAAAGAGACCACCUGCUAUUUAAUUUCCUCCAUACAAAA